AUGGGUAGGCAAAGGCGCUGUGCCAGCGAGCACCCUGUCUCUACUAUAUGGCAGCUACAUGGCAGUGGCAUGUUCUCAGCGUAUUGCAAGCGCCAUGGUCUAGUUUAA